UCGACCACGGCCACCACGCCAUGAUGGGCACCGACGGGGUCGAUGAGGCUCCCAUCCUCCUCGCGUGGAGCGUCGCGCGGGGGCUGCCACCGCAACCGCAACGCUGCGACGACGACACACGUCGCCGGCUCUGCAAGAGCCAGAACAGCCGUUGCUUGGCUGACCUAGGAGGAGCAGGCUUUAUGUGCCAAUGCCAGGAUGGUUACGACGGCAACCCUUACCUCCCGGGUGGAUGCCAAGAUAUCGACGAGUGCAAGCUCCCAAGUGAAGACAUUGGUUGCUUCGGUGAAUGUGUCAACACGGUCGGGUCAUACUAUUGCCUUUGCCCGCAUAGAUCUUAUGGCAAUCCCGACGCCCAAGGUGGUUGUGUCAACAUUAGCUCAACAACUACAGCAGAUGAAGAACUAUUGCCUACGGUGGCUCCGGCGCCGAUAGGGUUGCCCAACUGCAGCACCACCUGCGGCGACGUGAGCGUGCCGUACCCCUUUGGUAUCGGCGCUGCCGCUGGGUGCUCCUGGCCGGGCUUCCACCUUACCUGCAACACAAGCUACAAUCCCCCGCGGCUGUUCAUCGACAGCAAUGCAACCCUUGAGGUCGUCGACAUCUUCUUGGCCGACUCGACGCUGCGUGUCAUCUAUGAAACCACCGUCGUCUCCCUGGGGUCUUCCGAUGGUGGCAAUGGCCACAUGGUGGGCACCUACAACCUCCCCGACAUCGGCGGGCCAUACAUGCUGUCCGACAGCAACGAGUUCAUCCUCUACGGGUGCGACGCGCAGGCGACCCUAUACGGGGAGUACAUAAACGGCAGCAGCAGCACCACCUCCAACGACAGCGUCAUCAGCCGCUGCGUCUCCACCUGUAGUUCUGACCAAGUCGCUGUCGCUGCAGAAAACAGUGGUUCCGGGCUGCCGGUCCCAAUGCUCACCGACGGCACGAGCAGGUCGUACUGCUCCGGCAACGAUGGCUGCUGCCAUGCGCCCAUCUCAGCCGGCAGCGCACCCAGGGGGCUGGACUUCAAAGGGUUGAACACAAGCCAGAAGAACCCAGUCUGCAUGUUUGUCUCCGAGGAGGGGUUGACUGAUCAGUGGCAGGCCAUCUUCAACAUAUCUGAUCUCGGGAUGCGCUUCUAUUCUGUAGAGGCAUCUCCCCUUGUUCUACGGUGGGUGGUAAAGGAAGGCUUCUCUGUGCCUGCCAGUGCCAGCAACUCGGGGCAGUGCCCUGGGGACGUGGCCAAACGCCUUUGCAGGAGUGAGCACAGCAACUGCAAGCAAGAGUAUGGAGGCUUUACAUGUUACUGCUACCAAGGCUACCAAGGCAACCCUUACAUCGCCAACGGAUGCCAAGGUCAGUACUCGUGUCCCAUAUAUUACAAGACAGAAGUUUCUUAGUAAUGCUUGUUCAACAAUGGGGGAAUCAAAAAUUUUUAUU